AACCAAACAGAUAACCAGAACCCUAACAUUCCUAAAAUCUGCCCCCUAAAAACUGACCUUAUAUGUCACAAGAGGAGUGUUGCAUAGAAGGUAGGAGCCAACCAAACCAAACCAAACCAAACCAAACCAAACUGCCGUCAACCGAGACCAAAAACUGGUGUGGUGAGAAGUGACCGAACACAACCAUUUCCCACCAAACCCCGUUCACCUCACACGUCGCGAUUCUCUCUGAUGGAAGGCCUCAUCCCGCUGCUCUACAAGGCCAUCAAGGACCGGCGGAGCAACGCCGCCGCUGCCGCUGGCGGCGGCGGCGGCCGUGCCUACCGCACCGGAGGUGCGCUCCCUUCCUCCGCGCCCGUGGACCUGGACGACCCCGAGCAGAGGAGGCGGUGGCUGCAGCAGGAGCUGCGGUCCCCGGUCCACGCGGCGCCGCCGUCGGCCGAGGGGGCGUCGCUGCUGCACCGGCGGAACCUGUCGCUGGAGGAGCUGGCGGGCGAGGUGGGGCUCUCGCCCGACCGGCGGCUCGUCCGGGUGCCGCUGCCCAAGGCCAGGAGCCUCCGCGCCUUCGCCUGCAUCGGCGCCGCCUGAUCGCCGCCUCAAUCGAGCGCACGCGCUGGCGCUGGGCGGAGGCACCAUUCGUACGUUAGGAUUGUUCAAUAGGAUUGUUCAUGAGCGUAGCAAGUUCGUCAAGUUUACGUAUACAGUGUAUAGGUGUUG